AUGCCUUACUUCUCACAGUGUUGCCAUAUUCACUGCACCUGUGUGCCAGCAGUAAACGCGAAGAAGGCGGAGGAUCCAUUAGAGAGAGUUUGGAAUCGGACUCUGAGGAGCAUAGUUCCCGAGACUCAAGUACCCGCUCAGUUACCUGGUGCCAAACCCCAGAACGCCCCACCUCCUCCUCCUCCUCCACCGCCGCCUCCUCCACCUCCACCCCCACCCCCGCCGCCGCCGCCGCCACCGCCACCUCCCCCGCCGGGUGGUGGUGGACCGCCAGGUGGUGGACCACCGGGUGCUCCUGGAGGUGGAGAUUACUUUGAUCUUCCGCGAUAA